AUGGUAUUAAAUUACUUCUGUCAUUGGGUAUUAAAACUUCACAUUGAUAAUGCUGAAUCAACGAGAUGGUUCAUCAUGUUGACAAAGUGUAUUCGCGCUUUUGAAAGAAAUAACAAACAAAGGUGGAUCUACGACGACUACUCAACUAGAAUCGGAUUACUCGAGAAUAAGUUGAAGCGAACUGGUUUGGUGAAUGUUCUUAAAUCUGUAAUUGGGAUCGAAAUGCGGAUUGCAUACUCUCAAGAAUCAAGUGUAAAAGAUACAAAAUGUCACAGUGUACAGACGACCCAGAUAAGUUACUCAAUGACUGGCUCGGAGAGCUCGACAACUUGA